AUGGCUCCACCAGCGAUUGUAGCUCCUCAACCAUCCGCCACAUCGGCGGAAAAUUCGCUGAAAUCCUAUUACAAGACCAAAAUCGAGGACCUUCAGCAACGUCUCCACGAAAAGUCGCAGAACGUACGCCGUCUUCAGGCGCAGCGGAAUGAACUCAAUUCAAAGGUCAGAUCGUUGAAGGAGGAGUUGAUGCAGCUUCAUGAGCAAGGGAGUUAUGUUGGGGAAGUGUCGAAGGCCAUGGACAAGAAAAAAGUUUUGGUUAAGGUAAGAUUCUUUAUUCUUGGUUGGUUUUUAGGUGUGAUGGAGAAGGAGAAGGCAUAAGAAGAGUUUUGAAGGGUGUUCCUUGGCUCUGGGGAGUAUUUUAUGGAUAAUAAUCGAAGAAAGUAUCGCAUAUUACCUGUAAAAAUUAUUUUUUCUCCGAGUUUUGCACUUUUAUCAAAAAGCGUCGCGUAGUCGAGUGGUAGUGCGUUGAGUUUUCACUCCGAUAGAUGCGGGUUCGGGGAAACAUGAGUGAAGUCAAAGUGAUCUUGUUCUUUGAUCUUAAUUAGUUUCCCCAAAGCAUUCUGAACCCGUCAUAGUUGCCAAUUCGACCAGAUAAUGGACGUUUCGGUAGUCUCAGAACGGUGAUAUUGUUUUUGACAUAAAAUUUUGAAAUAUUUGUUUUAACUUUGGGAUGUUUUGAUAGGGAGAUUAACUGAAGAGAUAUAAGACGCUCAUUUAUUGAUUUUCAGGUCCACCCCGAAGGAAAAUAUGUCGUCGACAUUGACAAAAGUAUUGAUAUUAACCAAGUGAAUACUGGCGCUCGAGUUGCUCUUCGUGCCGACUCGUAUGCCCUCCACAAGAUCCUCCCCAACAAAGUGGAUCCUCUGGUCAGUCUUAUGAUGGUCGAGAAGGUCCCAGAUUCGACUUACGAGAUGAUUGGUGGUUUGGACACUCAAAUCAAGGAGAUCAAAGAAGUCAUCGAACUCCCAGUCAAGCAUCCCGAACUCUUCGAAGCCCUCGGAAUUGCACAGCCAAAGGGUGUCCUGCUCUAUGGACCUCCUGGAACUGGAAAAACACUCUUGGCCAGAGCUGUGGCUCAUCAUACAGCUUGCACAUUCAUCAGAGUCUCCGGAUCCGAGUUGGUCCAAAAAUUCAUCGGAGAAGGAGCUCGAAUGGUCAGGGAAUUGUUCGUUAUGGCCAGGUAAGGGGUUUAUUAUGUUUUUUUGAUAUUUAGGAUCAGCGGUAACAUCAAUUUAUAUUGAUUUAAUGGUGAGGUACCUAAAGUGAAACUCUUCGAUUUUUUUUGUAAUUUGGUUUGGAUCUGUCUAUUUAAAGCGAUCUAGAAAAUUCUAAUUUUUGUUUACGACAAGUUUCGACGCUAUAUAGACUAAAUUUUAUAUUAUUUUAGAGAGCACGCACCAUCAAUCAUUUUCAUGGACGAAAUUGAUUCCAUUGGAUCCUCUCGAGUGGAAGGCCACUCUGGCGGAGACUCUGAAGUCCAAAGAACAAUGUUGGAACUUUUGAAUCAGUUGGAUGGAUUCGAAGCCACCAAAAAUAUCAAAGUUAUCAUGGCCACCAAUCGGAUUGAUAUCCUGGAUCCCGCACUGCUCCGUCCCGGCCGUAUUGACCGCAAAAUUGAAUUCCCGGCGCCGGAUGAGAAGGCCAGAGCUGAUAUCUUGAAAAUCCACUCCCGAAAAAUGAACCUGAUGAGAGGAAUUAACAUGAGAAAGAUCGCCGAAGCCAUCCCUGGAGCGUCCGGAGCCGAGGUGAAGGCGGUUUGCACUGAAGCUGGUAUGUUCGCCCUGAGGGAGAGACGAAUCCACGUCACUCAGGAGGACUUUGAAAUGGCCGUGGGCAAGGUGAUGCAGAAAGAUUCGGAAAAGAACAUGUCCAUCAAGAAGUUGUGGAAGUAG